ACUCAGACUUGACCAUGGACUCCUUCAGCACCAAGAGCUUAGCCCUGCAGGCGCAGAAGAAGCUGAUGAGCAAGAUGGCCACCAAGAGCAUGGCCAACCUCUUCAUCGACGACACCAGCAGCGAAGUGCUGGACGAGCUGUACCGCGUCACCAAGGAGUACACCCGCAACCGCAAAGAGUCCCAGAAGAUCAUCAAGAACUUGAUCAAGAUGGUGGUGAAGCUGGGAGUGCUCUACAGAAACAACCAGUUCAACACCGAGGAGCUGAUCCUGGUGGAGAACUUCAGGAAGAAAGUCCACACUCUGGCCAUGACGGCGGUCAGUUUCCACCAGAUUGAGUUCACCUUUGACCGCCGCGUCAUGAGCGCCAUUUUGAAUGAUUGCCGUGAGCUGCUGCACCAGGCCAUCAAACGCCACCUGACAGCCAAGAGCCACUCGCGAGUCAACCACGUGUUCAAUCACUUCUCCGACUGUGACUUCCUCGCGGCUCUCUACGGGCCCACGGAGGUUUACCGCGCUCACCUGCAGAGGAUCUGCAACGGGGUCAACAAGAUGCUCGACGAGGGGAACCUCUGACCUCUGCUGGCCUCGUCAUCAGGCGCUUUUACCUCCAGUCACCCCUCAUGUACCAACUUGCAGGAUUUUUAUUUUUAUUUUUUUUUCAAGGUGACAAUCAUGAACAUUUUUAUUUUUCAUUUUGUUGCUUUGUGUUUGUGUGUGUCUUUCAGCCAUUACUGUAACACUGAAAUUAUUUUGGCUAUUUAGUCCAAAGUCUGUUUCUUUCCCAGCGUGACUUUUUAUUAUUUCAGAGUAAACAAAACCCAGCAGAUAUUUUUUUAAAUGAAUGUAAAACUUCAUGCUCUUAUCAGUAUAUUCAGAGGUAGGAGCCUUGACAACUGUGCCUUAAAAAAAAAAAACAUAUUUAUCUUCUUUCCAAGGGCACUAUGCUUGCUCUGUUACUUAAUCAAAAAGACAUGAAUCCAGGCACAGGCCUUCAGUUAUAUCUCUGUAAGGAGCUUUUAAUGGAUGAAAAUGGUUUUUGAGAGCACCGGGAGAGGAAAGAAUAUGAAUUUCUGUCUUUUCCAAAUACCCAAGGACAUAAAGAAGUAAUAUUUCUUUUUUUUUUUUUUUUAAACGUAGUAUUGCACUCAAUCCUAAACAAGCGCUGUACUGUACUUUCCCGCAAUAAUGAAACCAUGUGAAGCGUGGCAGUUGAGUAAUCCUGCUUAGCCUGCAUCUUACAGCUCUCACCAUCAUGCACUGAAGUCCACUUUGUAGAGAGGCCAGGCUUUUGUUUGUAAGGCAUCUAUAAACCUAGUUAUGCUUUUAACAGUCUGGUUUAUAGCCACCACAACAAAGAUGAAGUAUUUGGGUCAUAGGGGACCAUAAACAUGAAGGAAUUUGAUUGCUCUGUGUAUUGUUGAUUGUCUCUGCACUGACUCAAAUGUUUCACUGGCUGUACGCUCAUCUGCUCAGACAAACUACUUUUUUUGUCUAUAAAUGUCGAAAUCACAGCAGGGGAGCGGCACAGUGUGGCACCUGGUGCAAAAGGUUGCUCUGCCGUUUUGUCAGAGAGGAAUAAAGCACAGGCAUGAGUUACUCGUCGUAAUAGAUGUUGGAGCCCAGGGUCAGCUGUGUUUCAGAUUUAUCGGUGUUGCCUCAGGUUUAUCUAAAAAAAGGAAAAAAACACACUAAACUCUGGUUUGAAUUUUGACAGAUCUGAACUAGAACGACUCCCCAUGAGCAGUCAGAUGAAAGGCAGGACUAAAACUGCAGCUUCGUUUCUAUGAAAAGGACCAGGCAGGGUAUAGAGAUUAGAGCAGAGACAAACACAGUACCUGAUUGUAGUCUCCCUCUGCAAUUAUAGCUCCCCGCUCUGGGGUGGUGUAAUGGCCUAUAGCCUGCCUCUGUCGAGCAGCCACUCCAUUUCACCACACAGCAGCCUCAUGUAAUGUGAUGGAGAUAACCAUCUCUGUUUGUGUGAUGCAAGUCCUUUAAUGGAGUGAAAGAUGUUGUGUUUCUUCCUUAUAAAGGAGCAUAUGAAUAGUUACUACUAUCCCUCUCGAACCUCACAUAAUAACUGUCCUGUUCCUUUUUGUCUGUGUGUUUUUUGUAUCACUGAGCCUGUCUGGGAGAUUGUUUUGUGCCGCGGCCUCAUUUUGUAUUCUGCGUGUGAGCAUGUGUGUGUGCGUGUGUUUGUGUGCGUACCUGUGAGAGAAUUGGAAAUUGAGCCGUGUAAUAAGUGCUGUGCUUUUCCAGAUAGGAUUGCUGAAACUUUAACUUCAUCCACAGCAGCUCUGCCAAAGAAAGGAAGACUGAUGUUGCUCAUAAUGCAGUCUUUUUCCAGAGGAACAUUUCAGAAAACAGUAUGCACUUGAUGAUUAUAACCCUGCUAAUGGUGAUAAUGAAGACAGAGGUGGUGGCUGUGGUGGUUCCUUUUUUAUUCACCUUUUUAUUUCUUGGAUGACUUCCCUCGAUAUAUUCCCAUUUGCUAGACCCAUUUGACUCUUAAUGCAUCAUUUUGAGAAGCUUUGAAGUAAAUCCUUCUUCCUAAGUCCCCAAAUACAGUUGACUUUAAUUGUCUUUGGAUGCCAUUUUCUCCAAUCCCUCCACAUCUCAGGGUUAGUUUAAAUCUCCCUCGGUUUAAAAAUCCAUGACAUACUAAGUAGAAAUCACCAGGAACCUCUUCAACAGCCCCACUUGUUUAACUAAAGGCCUUUUAAAUUAAGUGUACUUAUCACAUUGCAUUUUUACUUUUGUGAAUUGUGAACAGUUUUUAUUUUCACUCAUGUACAUAUGAUUGUUUUUGUGUCUCUGUAUUGUAUCCAGACGCAACAAAUAUAAUACAAUUUACUUUUUUAAAAGAAUA